AGCUCACGGACACACAAAAACAAAAAAAGAUUUUCGUUUGGAAUUUGGGCAAGAAAGAAUGUCAGAAAAUCAUUGGUAAGAAAAAUCUUGUUUUUGGAUGAAAAACGAUUCGAUACUGACGGUGUAUAUAACCGUCAAAAUGAUAGAAUAUAUGCUCCGAAUCGUGAACAAGCUGAUGAAAAUGGUGGCAUCCACCGAAAAACAAAAUUUCCUCAAGGUGUGAUGGUUUGGUUAGGCGUAUGUUAUGACGGCGUGACACGCCCAGUUAUCAUUGAAAAUGGUACGAAAAAUCAUCAAAAGUAUAUUGAUGAAAUACUGCCAGUCGCACUAGAAGAUGGUCAGAAGUUGAUGGGAAAUGAGUUUACAUUUCAACAAGACGGGGCACCAGCGCACAAAGAUCAUCACACGCAAACAUGGUGCAAGGAUCAUUUUGGGAUUUUUGGCCAAAAUCGAGAUGGUCACCAAAUUCGCCCGAUCUCAACCCUCUCGACUAUUCCAUUUGGCACGAACUGUGUGAGCAGAUGA